AUGCUACAGCCGUUCACCGAAUCUAUACACAUCGAAGGGUCGCCCGAGUACCUCCGCAUCAAGCUCAGUAUUGUCGACCAAGGUAUGAAGAACAACAACCCUGUAGUCCUCGAGGAAUAUCUGGAUCUUGCUCAGUACCAAGCCGUCGGCGGUAUUCCACCGUCGCUCAAGAAGAUCUUCAGUCUUUCCAAGCUCUACACUUCGACUUCUUUCGAGCCCAAGUUGACCGCAACCAUGGCGACUGCAUUCCACCUCUUCUCCGACCUGCCCGCGGAACUGCGCGUGCGUAUCUGGCACAUCGCCCUCGAGGACGACUACGACGAUCUCAAUGGCCGAAACCGCAUCAUCGAGCUCCAUAGCUACAGCCCAAAAUUGAAGGCAAUCGCCGUCACAGUGUCUCGUCGCUACCCAACACUUUUCGAAGUCAACCGCGAAGCGCGAUGUGAGGCUGCCAAAGCCGGUGGCGGAGAGUGGGUCACUGUGAAGGCUCAUUGCCAAAGCAGAUAUGAGAGUAAGCACGAGACCAGCUUCAGCAUGUACAUGAACCUCUCACAGGAUGUCCUCUUCCUCUCCUCCCGAUUCCUCGUCGACGAUAACGACCGCAGAAGACUAGGCACCAGCAUCCCGGCAUGCCUAGAGGAGAAGAAAUUAUAUUCCUUGAUUAAUUUACUGCCCUCUGGCGUCAUCAAGAAGAUUGCGUACCUCAUGCUAACGACGGACCCUAUUCAUGGACUUCCUUCGGUACACUACAAGGGCAAACUCCUUGAGCUGUUCACUGCUCUCAAGCGUAUUCAUUUCCAGGCUCACCCUCGUUCUCGUGAUCUUCCUCGAAUCAGUGAAUCAGUCCUACAACACGUCUUGAAGGUCUUCGACGCAGAACCACCACAGGUGUCCUACCACGAUAUGUACGAAGUCCCUGAGCGGAGCACUCUGAUUUGGCUCUCGGUGUCUGGCAUGUUAGAUGUGGAGUAUGACGGCAUUCGCAAGGUCGAGUGGGGAUUCAGGAAGGACCUAUGGGUUCCCAGGGCGAAGAACGGAUCGGGUACUCUGCAAAAGAUUGUUUAG